CACCUAUCACCAGUCUGUGCUGAGUCGUAGCCGUAGAAAGGUGCACCCGGGAUCGAUUGUGCGUCUCUACCACGUUCGUCUCAAUCUUAAGUCUCGGCCUUCGCGUUUAAGCGCUGAGAACCUCGUCGUGCCGUGCGCGAAAUCCCCCACCACUCUCUCGAAGAGCUCGUAGAGCCAUAUCAACCUCGACCUCACUCGACGCCCGAGAAGCCGUCAUCGCCAAGGCGUACAAUAUCUGUUUUUCGGUGUGAUUGUUGCUCCUGUACUAUUUUUUAUCUUUGAUUGCCGGAAAAAAAAAUCAUUUGCGCUACCAUAAAUCAUAAAGUGUGUUCAAGGGUGCGUGUAUCGUUAUUAGCCAGAUUGACAAAAUUGUCUUGUCACGUUCUGUAGGUCGCCGUCACUUCAACAGCGUCAUAUGACCAGUGUGAUUGCAAAUUGUAUCGGGUAUUACCUUGAUUUAUGGUGCCAGUGCCAGUGAGAGAUUCAUGAUGAAGCAGUAAAAAGUUAUGGGAAAUUAGUGGCUGUUCGAAUUAAACUCGAACGGGAUAGAGUCGGAAAAGAGUUUUAGUGCAACGAUAAGUACUACUCGAAUUGGAUCACGAAGAGAUCUAUUCAUAGUCAGUUACAUAACCUAAAACGUGAAGAAAUUACAUCAAUUGGUGGUUGUUUACAGUUUUCGUUGUUUAUCUUAUCCAGCAAAAAUACGGAUUGGAGAGCAUCUGGCGAGAAGUGGCUAUAACUGGAGAGCUCACCUCAUCGAAAGGUAGAAGCGAGGAAAAAAACCCCAGACCGCUACUGAAGGAGAACUGCACUCGAGAUGAAGCUCGUUCACGUCAGCCUGACCAUAUUGGUCGGACUUUGUAGCGCCUCCGUCUGCUAUGCAAAAGCAUCUCACAAAGUGUUCUGCUCAGAAGACCAAAUGCGUGUCAAUGUUGUCCUCCCGUCCAACGACUCCACCACCUCCGUUUACUUGGAAGGCAUGAAAGGAUAUCCGGAACCCAAGUGUAAACCGACCAUCAAGGAUACGCUUGCUGAGUUUCAACUGUCACUGAUGAACAUCUACGAGUGUGGCGUCACUCGAAUCGUCAAUAAAAUAACCGGUAAGAAGGUAUUCUAUCACCGGGUCAUUAUUGAAGGAGACCAAGAAUUUGGCAAGGAAGUGAUCAGUGUGAAAUGUAUCACCAAUGGACCUCUGUACAACAUUACGCAUGGAAUCGUCAAGCGAGAUGUUCUACCAGUUGGAUUCAAGGAACCAGAGGACCUGGAAAUCACAUCUAGCAUUACGGAAAGUGCCCCUGAGCCAUCGCUAGAAAUUGUCGUACGUCAGGGAAAUAAACUUGUAUCCGGUGACUUGAACGUCAGCCCAGGCACGAACCUUCAAAUGGAAAUUUACCUCGAUAAUAAAUCGGCUCCCAUUUAUGGGCUGGGUGUAAACUACAUGCAGGUUACGGACGCAUUUUCCCAGGAAGAAACUAUCAUCUACAACGGUUGUUCGGUCGAUCCCUAUCUGUUUGAAAACUUCAACACCGUUGAUGGUGACCUACUGACGGCGAAAUUCCGCGCAUUCAAGUUUCCCGACUCAACCUUCGUGCAGUUCCGAGGUACCGUCAAUGUUUGCGUAGACCGGUGCAAGGGCGUCAUCUGCAGCAACGGACAAUCCGCGUACGGACGCAAGCGACGGGAAAUCAGCCAAAGUUUGGCCGAUCCAAACAAAGUGUACGAAGUGACGAUGACGACGUUCAUCAAGGUCAAUUACGAUGAAAAUUCCGAUAAGAACACUGCCUCGGAAAUCGACCAAAAGUUCCGGCAGCUGAAACUGGCGAACCAAAAGCUGGCCCGAAACAGCCGCGCCGGAAACGUGUUCGAGAGCAUCCACGUGUCGAAGAUGGCCGAAACGAGUCCCAGUGAAAAUGCCAAGGUCGAGGAAACGAUCGUCUUCGCCAGAGAAGUCAUCAGCCAACCGCAGGAAACCGUGACGGGCAGAAGCAGUAGCCUCCGGCAGAUUCCCGCCGUCAGUCUGAUCGUAAUCUUACUGCUGUCCAUUGCGCUGAACUUUCGCAAUGCCUUUCCCUGAAACAACGAUUUCUUACUAAUGAUCUCAGUGAACGAACACAAACAAUUUAGGCAAAAGAAAACAAACGAAAACAAAAAGUUAACAAAAUACUAACGACCCACUGACUCGAAUUCAAAAUGGCGUGCAAGUACUUGUAAAUAUCACCCAACACAAUUUGCUAGUUCGUAAGAAGGCUUACCACAAAAAUUGAUGAAAUUGAACGUUUUAAAUAAGCUUACAUUAACGUAACUACUACUGCCCGGACAAAUUUUAGCGACUUAUUUUAACGAAGUUUUAACGUGCGAUUUUUUUUACAACAUCGACAACAAAAAUGUGAUUGAUCAAAUUAUUGUACAUUUGUUUUGCGGUUCAAUCGAUUGGCAAUACACAGAGAUUGUGAAGGAUCGAGUAGGAUAAAAAAUUUCCCUGCACAAUCCGAUAGGCGAUAUAAGCAAUGUAAGUUAUACUAGUCUAAUAACUAUAAAAACGGAUCUAAACGAUUCGAGGUGUAAAAUUGAAGCGAAAAUGAAAAUUGGUUCUUAAGGUACUAAGCUAGGCUGUAGGAAACGAUAAGCAAUUAAAAAAGGCAACCAUCGAUAAGCGGGCCACGUGUGAAGCUUGGGUAAGAGUGGUAUAUUACUUUUCUUUUGAUUUCGUUACAAAACUCACUCGGGUGUCAUGUCUCUCAACUAUCGUAACUAAUAACAAGGUGACAUUUGUACUAUGUUUAACUCAUAUCGCCUACAACAUUCCAAGCAUUGUAAACUGGGGUAAAGUGUGCUAGUUUACCCAGGAUUCCUUCAAAUAUUGCCACAUAUGGCCCGCUUAUUGAACGGAACAGCGUAAGCAUAAGACUAAUGUAAAAUAACUAAAUUUAUGGCAAUAAAGAACUAACGAUA